GGCGGCGGCCGGGGAGGAAGAGGAGGAGGCGGAGGCGGCUGUGGCGUUCGCCCGCCUGCUGGUUCGCUCGGUUUCCCCGCCCCCGCCGGUCUCGCUGCGGCUGAAGGGAGCCGGGUGUGCGCUAUCGCAACCUGCCCUCAUCCUGGCCGGCGACAGUAAGAUCGGACCCGCAUCCAGACCAACCUCCCUGUCGGGGCGGCUGCGGCGUGGGCUCCGCGGGGCGCAGGCGGGCGGCCCGGGCGCCUGAAGGUUACCGAGUGCAUGAGCUCCUAGCCUCCCGCGCUGCCCCGCCCGCUAGCCCCUCGGCGCCCGGCGGCGGCGGCGGCGGCGGCGACGGCCGCAGGAGGCGCCGUCUCCCUCCCAGGUGCGCUCUUCGCUCCCGGGGCCGCGGAACUCGGCGGCCGCCAUGGCGUCCAACAUGGACCGGGAGAUGAUUCUGGCGGAUUUUCAGGCAUGUACUGGCAUUGAAAACAUUGAUGAAGCUAUUACAUUGCUUGAACAAAAUAAUUGGGACUUAGUGGCAGCUAUCAAUGGUGUAAUACCCCAGGAAAAUGGCAUUCUACAAAGUGACUAUGGAGGUGAGACUAUACCAGGACCUGCAUUUGAUCCAGCAAGUCACCCAGCUCCAGCUCCAGCUCCUGCUCCCUCUUCCUCUUCGGCAUUUCGACCUGUAAUGUCAUCUAGGCAUAUUGUAGAGAGGCAACCCCGGAUGCUGGACUUCAGGGUGGAGUACAGAGACAGAAAUGUUGAUGUGGUACUUGAAGACAGCUGUACUGUUGGAGAAAUUAAACAGAUUCUAGAAAAUGAACUUCAGAUACCUGCGUCUAAAAUGCUGUUAAAAGGCUGGAAGACUGGAGAUGUGGAAGACAGUAUGGUCUUAAAAUCACUACAUUUGCCAAAAAACAACAGUCUUUAUAUUCUUACACCAGACUUGCCACCACCUUCAUCAUCUAGCCAUGCUGGUGCCCUGCAGGAGUCAUUAAAUCAAAACUUCAUGCUGAUCAUCACCCACCGAGAAGUCCAGCGGGAGUACAACCUGAACUUCUCAGGAAGCAGUACCAUUCAAGAGGUAAAAAGAAAUGUGUAUGACCUUACGAGUAUCCCUGUUCGCCAUCAGUUAUGGGAAGGUUGGCCAGCUUCUGCCACAGAUGACUCAAUGUGUCUUGCUGAAUCAGGGCUCUCUUAUCCUUGCCAUCGACUGACAGUGGGAAGAAGAUCUUCACCUGCACAGACCCGGGAACAGUCCGAAGAGCAAAGCACCGAUGUUCAUAUGGUUAGUGAUAGUGAUGGAGAUGACUUUGAAGAUGCUUCUGAAUUUGGGGUGGAUGAUGGAGAAGUAUUCGGCAUGGCGUCAUCUGCUCUGAGAAAAUCUCCAAUGAUGCCAGAAAACGCAGAAAAUGAAGGAGAUGCCUUAUUACAAUUUACAGCAGAGUUUUCUUCAAGAUAUGGUGACUGCCAUCCGGUAUUUUUUAUUGGCUCAUUAGAAGCUGCUUUUCAAGAGGCCUUCUAUGUGAAAGCCCGAGAUAGAAAGCUUCUUGCUAUCUACCUCCACCAUGAUGAAAGUGUAUUAACCAACGUGUUCUGCUCACAAAUGCUUUGUGCUGAAUCUAUUGUCUCUUAUCUGAGUCAAAAUUUUAUAACCUGGGCUUGGGAUCUGACAAAGGACGCCAACAGAGCAAGAUUUCUGACAAUGUGCAAUCGACACUUUGGCAGUGUAGUUGCACAAACCAUUCGGACUCAAAAAACAGAUCAGUUUCCACUUUUUCUGAUUAUCAUGGGAAAGCGAUCAUCUAAUGAAGUGUUAAAUGUGAUACAAGGUAACACAACAGUGGAUGAGUUAAUGAUGAGACUCAUGGCUGCAAUGGAGAUCUUCUCAGCCCAACAACAGGAAGAUAUAAAGGAUGAGGAUGAACGUGAAGCCAGAGAAAAUGUGAAGAGAGAACAAGAUGAGGCCUAUCGCCUUUCACUUGAGGCUGACCGAGCAAAGAGGGAAGCUCAUGAGAGAGAGAUGGCAGAACAGUUUCGUUUGGAGCAGAUUCGCAAAGAACAAGAAGAAGAACGUGAGGCCAUUCGCCUCUCCUUAGAGCAGGCCCUGCCUCCAGAGCCAAAGGAAGAAGAUGCUGAGCCCGUGAGCAAACUGCGGAUCCGGACCCCCAGUGGCGAGUUCCUUGAGCGGCGUUUCUUGGCCAGCAAUAAGCUCCAGAUUGUCUUUGACUUUGUAGCUUCCAAAGGAUUUCCAUGGGACGAGUUCAAGUUACUGAGUACCUUUCCUAGGAGAGACAUAACCCAGCUGGACCCAAAUAAAUCAUUAUUGGAGGUAAAGUUGUUCCCUCAAGAAACCCUUUUCCUUGAAGCAAAAGAGUAACCACGGCUCAGCGGUGGCACCAGCUGUUCCCUGACAAGCCAGAGGCCUGCUCCAGAGGAGGGCUCUUUGCCAACCCACCUACACGCUCGUCUCACUCAAUUCAAUGUCACACUUCUGCCUCUUGCAAGAUUGCUGGAAAAAAGUAAUAAUAAACAUAGCUACUCAAAAUGUCCCUUCCACGAGUAUAUGUUCCCAGCCCUCAUUAUAGAGAGUUACACGCCCUCCCUUCUGCCCUCACGUAGCCCUUGUUCGAUGCCUAACACUGUUCACGUGUGAGUGAUCACAAAGUAGAAUUUUUACCUCUCCAGUGCCCGUCUUCUCCCCACAAUGUCUAGGAUAGUUUCGUCUGUCCUGUGACACCAGGAUGCUGUGUAUUUGAUAUGUCUUAUUGAGCCAGGGCUCAUAUACCUCUGCCUUUUUAUUUUCAUAACUGGAUUUCUACUUUGUCACCUAGUUUCAAGAGGCAGUGGGGAAAAGCAUCAAAUGGGACUUCUUGGCAUGGAGAUGAAACAUUGUUGUAAGGAAAAAAGCAUAUCAUUUUUGCUGGUACUUUCUGACCUCUUUUACUAAGAUGUAAGGUUGUAUUUGAGGACUGAAUUUGACAUAUAUGCAAGGUAUUUAUUUACUGCUGCUUGCUUGGAUCUCCUGGCUCCGUCUAGGAGGCAUUUGCUGUUCCAUUGCAGCGUGGGAAACUGUUUAAAUGCACGGUGUAAAUGCUGCGAUAGUGGGAAGAGGACCAGCACCAGGACUUGGGUACCUGGCCCGGUGGCAGGAAGCUGCUGUUAGGUUUGCACUUGGGCCAUUAGAACCGCACAGAUACCAGCUCCCAGGUUGGUGGUCCUUCACUGUACACUGAACACAAUUCCCUCCUUCUUUCCUCUCCCUCUUCUCCACAGCGAUUUGGACCUUGUCACUUGGUGUUUUAAGCCCCCUGGUCUAUCGCCAAAAUCGGAUCAGCCACCCCUCGGACUCUGAGCCUUGCUAUUACAAGGAAUUUGCUCCACUGUUUCAUUCUUUUUAUGUUUUAACAUUAGAUAUUGGACCCCCAUCUAAAAUAAAAGGGAUCUCUUUCUAUGGCUGAUAA